UGGUCACUUAAUCUUAAUCUAACUUGUGGCCGUGGCUUCAGUAAUUCGAGGCCUCAAUAUAGUCCUUUGUUGCCGCGUACCAUGUCAUCUUAUAAGCUCUGUAAAUAAGCAGCGCCGCUAUCCAAGCAAAGUAUUUACGCAUUUUACACAUCCGGGUAGUGUUUUAAAGGGGAUUCGGAGUUUUGUGCUUUAGUAAUGAGAACUCUAAGAGUUUGAAAGCCCCCUGCAGAUGCUUGAUCCUGAAAUUAAAACCUUUUUUGGCAGUUUAACGUCAAACCGCUCUGAAACGCUUUGUUUGCAUCUCCACGGGUGGGUAGCGCUGUCGCCUCACAGCGAGGAGGGCCUGGGUUCGAGGUCUGUCUGCCCUCCGCGCGAUGACCGCUGGGUUUGGCUCCAGCACGCCGCCGCGACCCUGAGGGAGAAGCGGCUUAGAUGGAUGAAUGGAGCCCUUUAAGGCUUCUCGGGGCCAGCAGGGGGCGCUGUUACAAUUUCCCAGCACAUGAUAAGAGAGCAGUGUUGACGGAAAUGAAGUGAAGUUUGGUUUGAAAACUUGCCCGUGAGUGUGUUUAAGGUUUAGCAGCGCUGCCUGUCCCGGGCGACCCCACUAACAUGCCAGUCGCGUGUGUGGGCUGGUAAGAAGACAGACAGACAGACAGACAGACAGACAGACAGACAGACAGACAGACAGUCCUGCAGGAACGUGACGUCCAACAAAAAGCCGUCUGUCGACUUGACCGCCUCCGGCCGCAGCGAUGCAGCGCUGCUCGGACCCCCCGAGCGCGGUAGCGGACCUGAGCUGCAGUGGGUCGAAGUACCGCGUUCUGGUCGGAGUCACCGGCAGCGUCGCAGCGCUUAAAGUGCCCCCGCUGGUGUCGCAGCUGCUCGAGAUCCCAGAGAUUGAUGUACGUGUAGUUACCACAAACCGAGCGACCCAUUUUUACAACAUCGCUGCUGUUCCUGUCCGCGUCUACACAGACGCAGAUGAGUGGGAGAUGUGGAGAACGCGCCCCGACCCCGUGCUACACAUCGAGCUGAGACGAUGGGCCAACCUGCUUGUCUUGGCGCCGCUGGAUGCCAACACGCUUGGCAAGAUAGCCAGCGGUAUCUGUGACAACCUCCUGACAUGUGUGGUACGAGCCUGGGACACAAGCCGCCCUCUGCUGUUCUGCCCUGCGAUGAACACAGCCAUGUGGCAGCACCCAAUCACUGCCCAGCAAGUGGCCACCCUUCAGGGCUUUGGAUAUGUGGAAAUCCCCUGCGUUGCUAAAAAACUGGUCUGUGGAGAUGAAGGUAAAGGUGCAAUGGCUGAAGUGGCAACUAUUGUAGAGACAAUCCAGCGGUACCUUCCCAAGCCAGCUGUGUAAUCACAGUGCUAGCAGAGGAAAGAAAAAGUCGGAACAUUGCAACGAGCACCAGGCUACAUUCGAUCAAUUUAAAUUAUUUCUGUGAAUGUUUUUAUAAUUUAAUACAUCAUUUAUAUGAUUUGUCCUUGCUUUAUAUCUUCUCAGUUGAUACCUGAAGGCAAGUUGUUUUCCCAGGUUAAGUGUACUAGAAAUUACAGAAUAAAUGAUGUUAUGUAUGAAAAA